AUGGCGUCUGACGAGGAGCAGUCUGCUAUGUCAGAAAGCUCACCCGAGCCCGCAGCACCACAAGUCUCUGCGCCGAAAAAGCCCAAGCGGUUGACGCUCCAGGAGCGUUUGGCAGCCGCCGCCAAGGCAAAACGCAAGAAAGCCGCAACUGGGCUGGCCCCAGCAUCCGCCACAAGCCCGGAGUCUCCGGGGCUGAGGCCCGAAUCUGAUGCAGAAGACCCGGGGAUUCCAGGGGUGCAAAAAGAAGAAUCGAAAGCCGCGCCUGGAGAACACAACGACGAUAGCCAAACGACCAUCGAUGGGUCAAUUGCAGACGGCACGGCACACCCGCCGACACCCCCCGAAAAUGCCGAAAGUGGCAGCCGUUUGGAGCAAGACCCCCCACUGGAGGCUGAACACAAAAACGACGCCCCCGCUGAGCCCGGCGCACGUGAUCGGGCGUUGGCCGAAAAAGAGAAGCUCCUUGUGCAGAGCGAGAAAAAAGUGCUGGACAAGGAGGAAACCAUCCGGCAGCUCAUGGAGGAAGGCCAAGAGCUCUCGAAAAAAGAGUUGAAGCUAAACGAGCGCAUCCGGCUGCUCGUAGCCAACAACACCAAACUCGAAGCUUCGCUCCGCAGCUACGCGGAGAAAAACGAGGAGCUGCUUCUUAAACUCGGCGAGAUCGAGGAUUUGGUCAAGGUGCACAAUCUCAAGUCCGUGGACCAGCUUUUCGACGUCUUGGCUGCGGCCAGCCAGAAAAACUCCGAUCUCCAAAAGGCCCUUGACCUGCAGAAAGCAUGCAACUGGGAAGGCAAGUACAAGGAGAUCCAGCGUGCCUUCGAAAAGGAGCUUGAUGAGAAGCAAGACUGCAAGCGGCAGCUCAGCGAGGCCAAGGUGCAGCUCGAGCUUUUGCAGAACCAGUCCCGGCUCGAAUUGGAGCUGAAAACAGAGAUUAUCGCGCAGUUGAACCACGAGAUCAUGGCUGCCAAAGACGAAAGCAGUACCGAGGUGUUGCGUUUGGAGGCCAAGGUUGAAAGCUUGCGCAUGGAGAACGAAAGCUUCCUCAAAACGUCACAUACCGCCGACGCAUCUGAGGAUCCGGAUGCGAGCACCAGCACUAAAAAACUGGUAGACUACGCCGACUUUCUCAAGUUGUCCGAAACCCAUCAGAACUUGCAGGCGCAGUACGUGUCGCUGCAGGAAACCUGGAAGCUCAUCGAGUCGAGUCUUCAGGGCAAAGUGGAGGCCCUUUCAGCCUCGGUGGAUACCUUGAAAACGUCGCGGGCCAAAUCAGGAGCCGAGCUCAAGAAACUUCAUGCCAAGCUCAAUGCACAGCUCGAUGAAAUCGAAGCACUCAAGGCCGAGCUGGCGGCCUUGGCGGAGCAGAACGCCGAGAAUGAAGUCCGGGUCCAGAUCAAGAGCGCCGAGUGUGCGGAGCUCGAGGACAAAAUCGACGACCUAAGGACUGCGUUUGGCGCAGACCGCAAGAACUACGACGCCAAGAUCCAGAGCUUGAACGAAGCCGUUGAAAGCUUGAAGAACCUGACCCCCACUUUCACGCCGUCGGUUUCUUUCGACAAUCUAGCUGGGAUUCAAGCCCGCAGAGGCGCCUGGGGUGAACCCAGCUAUAUUUCUGAAAAUGAGCUUGACCCUCAUAUUUAUGAGAGCCACAACCCGUCGAUGUUCAUGUCCAACGACGAAAUAUACCCCUCGGAAGCGCUAGAUGUGGGCGAGACACCCUUGAGUUCCGCGUUGGGCUCGCAUAGUACGGGGGCCACCAAGCACAUUCAGAUCAUCAACAAAAUGAGUGCCAGCAUUCGCCGCUUGGAGGUGGAGAUUCUGACUCUACGCGAUGAAAACGAGCAGUUGAGCCUGGAAAUCGAGACUGCCCAACGGGCCGUUUUGGACAGGCUCGAGCUAGAUACCCAGUUGUGUGAUUUAGAGCGCCACAUCCUGUCUUUGCAGAACGAGCUCGAUGAGAAGUCUCGACGCGAAAGCACGCUUUUGGAGGUUAUUGGCGAAAAGUCUGAGAAAGUGGCGGAACUCGAAGCAGACGUCUCGGACUUGAAGGAUCUCAUGCGGCAGCAGGUGCAGCAGAUGAUCGAGAUGCAAGGAAAAUGA